GGGCGCGGGGCGGGCGCGGGGGCGCGCGGCGGCGGCGCGUUCCGUUCCGGGCCGAGGCUCGCGGCUGAAAAGUUGCGGGGCAGAGAGGAGCGGCCCCGGGACGGGCAGCUAGCGCGAGGCCGAGCCGGCACCCGGCGCCCGUGGUCCGGCCAUGGACGACCUCGACGCCCUGCUGGCGGACCUGGAGUCCACCACCUCCCACAUCUCCAAACGACCCGUGUUCUUGUCAGAGGAGACCCCCUACUCAUACCCAACUGGAAACCACACAUACCAGGAGAUUGCCGUGCCACCCCCCGUGCCCCCACCCCCAUCCAGCGAGGCCCUCAAUGGCACGAUCCUUGACCCAUUAGACCAGUGGCAGCCCAGCGGCUCUCGAUUCAUCCACCAGCAGCCUCAGUCCCCGUCACCUGUGUACGGCUCCAGUGCCAAAACUUCCAGUGCCUCUAACCCUCAGGACGGUGUCAGCUCUCCGUGCUCCCGAGUGGGUGAGGAGGAGCACGUCUACAGCUUCCCCAACAAGCAGAAAUCAGCCGAGCCUUCACCAACCAUAAUGAGCACCUCCCUGGGCAGCAACCUUUCAGAGCUCGACCGCCUGCUGCUGGAACUGAAUGCCGUGCAGCAUAACUCGCCAGGCUUCCCUGCAGAUGAGGCCAACUCAAACCCCCCACUUCCUGGGGCCCUGAGCCCCCACUAUGGUGUCCCAGAGAAUAACAGCCCCCUGGGGGGCAAAGCUGGGCCCCUGACGAAAGAGAAGCCUAAGCGGAAUGGGGGCCGGGGCCUGGAGGACGUGCGGCCCAGUGUGGAGAGUCUCUUGGAUGAACUGGAGAGCUCCGUGCCCAGCCCUGUCCCUGCCAUCACUGUGAACCAGGGCGAGAUGAGCAGCCCGCAGCGCGUCACCUCCAGCCAGCAGCAGACACGAAUCUCGGCCUCCUCGGCCACCAGGGAGCUGGACGAGCUGAUGGCUUCGCUGUCGGAUUUCAAGACCAGCUCCUCCACAGUGGCUCUCAGCACCCCGGGGCUGCUGCCCAGCUCUGCUCCGUCCGCACACGGCUCCCUUCCAUCUUCUCCUUCUCCUCCUCCUCCCAUGCCAUCUGUAUUCCUGCCACCCACCACUAAACCCUCCCCUCGAGGCCAGGGCCACACUCCGGAGUCCCCUUGUACUGAGCAGAGUGGACGAGGCCUUCUACCUCCUGUGGCCCCCAGCUGGCUUGAUUUGGCUGGUCUUGGGGUGAAGCCUGACACCCUCAACUCAAGGUCUCCCUCUGUGGAGGGUUCUCUGGGGCCAGUAGGCACAAAGAGCCAGGGCCGAGAUUGGAGGCACCUGCCUAAUCUCACAAGUGAGCUCUCUGGGGCUCCUCGCUGCCACACUGUACCCCUUCCUGGGAGCACAGGUGCCCAGGAGCCUGGGGAGCCCCAGAGGCCACCAGCUAGCCCUUCAUGCUCAGAGGAGUCCGUGACUGCCACAUGGGAGGAGCCAUGGGCUUCGGAGGUAUUCAAGCCUGAGAGAAUCCCCCCAUGUGGAGCUGCUCGAAGCUUCCAAGAAGUAGCAGAGCCAGCUGUUGUGGCAGUGGACCGGCAGGCCAUCUUCCCAGAGACCUGGACUCUUACAGAGGAACACAGCCUACAGCAGGAGGGGCCAAGGCCAGAGUCAGAGAGGCUGCGAAGCAGCUGCCCUGCCCCAGUUACCAGGGAGCAGCUAGGUGGAAAGAUGCCCGAGAAGGGAAGCGUGGCCAGGCCCACCCAGGGACCUGAGACCCAAAGGAGCCCAGAGGGUGCCACUGAAGCUGCCACUCAGGCCGGGAAGGAACAGCCAGAGCUUCUGUGUGCCACGGCCACAGGCACACCCAGCGCCACAGAGAGGAUUUCCACCUCUGGCCAGAUCCGAUCUGUGAUCAGGAGGAGCCGGGAGACGGGCCACGCACACCCCAUGUCCCGGGAGCCCUCCCCUCGCCGCCGGCUGGACCCUGCCACUCUGAGCAGGACCCCAUCCCAGGAACGGCUCAUCGCGGAGCUGCAGGGGCGGCUGGGCAUCCAGCCUGAGGCAGAGGAGCCGGUGGAGGCAGCGGGGUCCUCUGCCGAGGACUGGCUGACCGAAGGCGUCAUCAUCACUGUGCAGCCUCGUGGGAAGCGGGCUGGGGGGCAGCUUGUAGAGAAGGUUGUCUUCCCUCCUGGCUCUCCCAUUCCCCUGAGAAGAACCAUCUCUGUCCUGGCUUCUCCUUCUGUCCCUUUGCUCCAGCAUCACACAGACGCCGAGGCCAGCAGCUCUUCUCCCCUGUCCAGCCUGCCUGCCCCCUCCUCCCUGGGACCCUCAGCUUGCACCUGUGAUUCUUCUGGGGUUCGGAGUGCAGGGGAAGAGCCCCAUGAUGAGGGGGUGCAGGGCCCCACCCUUCCCACUCCUGUACCCCAUACCAUGAGGUCCGUGGGCUGCCAGACCGACGAGGACCCGCUCUUCCCCGCAAUGCAGAUCCAGGGCCUGGAGCAAAGAGCGGAUGGGGAGCUGUGCUGGGCAGCCGGCUGGCCUCGGGACAGCGGGCGGAGCAGCCCUGGAGGGCAGGACGAGGGAGGGUUCAUGACCCAGGGGAAGACAGGGAGCAGCUCCCCUCCGGGGGGGGCCCCGAAGCCCGGGAGCCAGCUAGACAGCAUGCUGGGGAGCCUGCAGUCCGACCUGAACAAGCUGGGGGUUGCCACAGUCGCCAAAGGAGUCUGCGGGGCCUGCAAGAAGCCCAUCGCCGGGCAGGUUGUGACCGCCAUGGGGAAAACGUGGCACCCUGAGCACUUCGUCUGCACCCACUGCCAGGAGGAGAUUGGAUCCCGGAACUUCUUCGAGCGGGACGGACAGCCCUACUGUGAGAAGGACUACCACAACCUCUUCUCCCCGCGCUGCUACUACUGCAACGGGCCCAUCCUGGAUAAAGUGGUGACAGCCCUUGACCGGACGUGGCACCCUGAACACUUCUUCUGUGCCCAGUGUGGAGCCUUCUUUGGUCCUGAAGGGUUCCACGAGAAGGACGGCAAGGCCUACUGCCGCAAGGACUACUUCGACAUGUUUGCGCCCAAGUGUGGCGGCUGUGCCCGGGCCAUCCUGGAGAACUACAUCUCGGCCCUCAACACACUGUGGCAUCCCGAGUGCUUCGUGUGCCGGGAAUGCUUCACGCCAUUCGUCAACGGCAGCUUCUUCGAGCAUGACGGGCAGCCCUACUGUGAGGUACACUACCACGAGCGGCGCGGCUCGCUGUGCUCUGGCUGUCAGAAGCCCAUCACCGGCCGCUGCAUCACCGCCAUGGCCAAGAAGUUCCACCCCGAGCACUUCGUCUGUGCCUUCUGCCUCAAGCAGCUCAACAAGGGCACCUUUAAGGAGCAGAACGACAAGCCUUACUGUCAGAACUGCUUCCUCAAGCUCUUCUGCUAGGCGCCCUGUCCCUGUCUCUGCCCCCCUCCCCAGCCAGCAUCCCCAACUGCUACUGUGACCCAGAGACCUCGCCCUGGGGUGAAGGGGUAAACCCGACUGAAACUGGAACCCUCCUGUCCAUGGCUGGUGCAGGAUGGACAGAGGGCCGUGAGGGGUCUCCCUGCUUGUCUUCACCCUUGCUGGAACCUCUGGGCCCCCUCCUUCCUCCUGCCACUCUCCCCAGGCUGCUCACUCUCCAUCCUCCCCAGAGCUGGAGGCUGGGGGCCCACCCCAGGCCACGUAUGUUCCAUGAACUGGCCUGGCCAGCACCCCACACUGGAGCCAUCUCUUCCUCAUAUUUCAGCAGUGCAGCCAGGGUCGGGGGACAGGGAAGGGCAGGCUGGGUCUGCUGGGGUCUCUUUUUAUCCUUAUUUCUCCCCCGACCUAACUGUCUGUUCUGUGAGUACUGGGGGACACCCGGCUCCCUCGAGACAAUGCCAGCAUAGAUCCAUCCAUCCAAAGGCAGAGAACCUAAGGGGCCAUGGAAGGUUCUCUGUGCUCCUCCUACCCUUCCAGCGCCGUAGGCCUGGACGACUGCCCCUGCCUUUAUCUGCCUUCCCCUUUUAUACCUGCUCUGGUUCUACUGAGAAAAGCCUCUCCAGCAAUAAUGUUUUAUAGCCACUUCCUCCGUCUCCGGGACAGCGUGCCUGGACACUGUACUGACUUUGAUAGAUUUCUACACUGAGGUUUGAAUUCAUAUCGCCUGAGUUGCUUUUACUUCUGUAUACAAAAUGAUUUUGAAGAGAUUUUAAAGACGUUCCCUUUUGUAUUCUCCUUGUCCACCGCCACUGGGCCUGUUGCUGACGGUGGCCCUGGUGUGGAGUUGGCUUUGUACUGAGGGCUGGGGUGGGAAAGCAAUUUGUAUUUUAUGUUUUUUUGGCACAAGCAGGUGAACGGGGAGCAGCUCUGACUCCUGCUCUUUCACUUCACAGCUCACCAGGACUGUUUUAUAAACUGCUGUAUUUGGAAGCCCCUUCUUACUUCCCAGGCCAGCAAGCUCUUCACUGAAACUGGUUGAAGAGUGUCUCGCCCUUUCGGGGCUGGAAUUCUGAACCUCAUCUGUUCUGUCUCUGCAGGAGAAGGGGAAAGUCUGUUUUGGGGGGCUGCUUCCUGUCUGAGUAAGCCCUCAGGAGCCUCUGCUCCCCCGUGAACCCCUGAACCUUCUCAGCCUCUACCGCUUCUCUGGGGCCCUCUUCUGCCUUCUCAGGAAAGCGGGUGUCUGAUUUUGGCCGUCAGGACUCCGACGUCUCAUUGGUCUUGUUGAUUUCCUCUGGGCAUAUCCCUCCCCCAGAUGUGCUCUCCCGGGAGCCUGGGUCUGUCUCCUCCCCAUUCACUUGUGGGAUUGGCACUCAGGGGGUCUGGAAAGAAGGUCAUAAGGGAGUGUGAUAGGAUUUGGGGCAGAGGGACAAACUCCUCUGGGGAAACCCCCAGAGCUCCUGACUGAGGACGAAAGAGGAGCCUGGCCUUAGGCUCCUGAUCAAGAGAAAAGGGCCCCACCGGGGUCUCACGGGGAGAGUCCAGACCACUCCACUGGCCUCCUGGCAGAAGCCAAGUGUGCUGGGGUCUCAGAAGAGGGUCCCUCCUUUGUAGCUGUGGGGAGGUCAGCCUGGCCACUCUGGAGGUUUCCCCUUCUACCCACAGGCCUUACCGCUCUGUUUACAGUGACCUGCCCUAGACCUUCUCCAAGAGGGACUGGGGUUUCUGGGGUCCACUCCCUGAGUCAAUGGUUAUUUGAAAAUUUGACUUUCAUUUUAUUUUUUUCUCUGUAAACAUCUAACCUGGCUUUUCCCAUUUCAGUUCCUGUGAUUUAUGCCAAUAAAGUUUGCCGUGAUUUUCA